CUUGAGAUUAACGCUAAAUGAUAGUGAGUUGCACUGAAGAGCCGCCAAUCAUUCACAUGAGACGCGAUUACUGCUGGUGUUUUAAAACUGAAGACUGACCAGAAAUAGGACUGACAAACACACAUACAAGAACUGAAAAAUGCGUGGAGAGACAUUAUCAAUCAGAAACCGCUCUGCCAUUGGCCGCUUUCCAUCCGGCACUCUUGUUCUGGACGAGCCAAAGAAUGUGGAGGCAGAGAAGAAGAAAUGGACAUGUGGCAGCUGGAUCCAGCAGUGCUGUCUCCGCUGCUGCGGCCGCAAAAAAACUACUGAUGAUGUCACAGAGACUGUUAUCACCAACCCCACUGUUGAAGAACCUACAGAAAACUAUGAGAUGAAAGGUUUAGUGGAGGCACGUUCAGUAGACCUUCUCAAAUCUAAGACUGAACAGAACCGGUUGGAGCAUCACACAGAUCGCUACCAUGAUGAAAACCUCAUCAUCCGGAGGGGACAGACUUUUCAGAUACUGAUCGAGCUCUCGCGACCUUUUAACCCGAAGAUAGAUAAACUCCACUUAGAGCUGAGAUUAGGGAAUCAUCCAGAUGUAUCGAAAGGCACGCUUGUGAUUAUUUAUUUGGUUGGGGACCUGCGUGAUAACUGCUGGGAGGCCAAGAUCAUUGAACAGACAGGCAGAAAAAUCAAACUGUCCAUCAACUCCCUGCCAUCCGCUGCUAUUGGCAAAUACAAGCUCUCGGUUAUAACACAGUCCCUGGUAGAUGGGACCAUGUCAACGUACUGUUCAGAGAAUGACAUCUACAUGCUGUUCAACCCUUGGUGUAAAGAUGACUCUGUGUACAUGGAUGAUGUUGAACAGAAGAAAGAAUAUGUGUUGAAUGACAUGGGUAUAAUCUAUUACGGGACCGAGAGCCAGAUCGGAGACAGACCGUGGAAUUUUGGACAGUUUGAUAAGGAUAUCCUGUCGGCGUGUUUGUUUUUGUUGGAGAGGAGUGGUGCUCCAGCAUCAGGAUGGGGAGAUCCUGUCAGUGUGGUCAGACUCGUGUCUGCACUGAUUAACUCGCUUGAUGACAAUGGAGUGCUGGAAGGAAGUUGGUCGGGUCAAUACGAGGACGGGACGGCCCCUACGGUCUGGACUGGUAGCAGUGAUAUCCUCAGACAUUAUCAUGAAAGUGGAGGAACACCUGUCAAAUAUGGACAGUGCUGGGUCUUCUCUGGAGUCACCACCACAGUGCUCAGAUGCAUGGGAAUUCCCACCCGCUGUGUAACGAACUUCAACUCGGCUCAUGACACCGAUGUUUCCCUGACCACAGAUGUUUAUUUAGAUGAGAACAAUGAGCUAAUUGAGGAGCUCAAUCAAGAUUCUGUCUGGAACUUCCAUGUGUGGAAUGACUGUUGGAUGGUUCGUCCUGAUCUACCUGCGGGUAUGGGGGGAUGGCAAGCCGUGGAUGCCACUCCUCAGGAGACUAGUUUGGGCGUCUUUUGCUGUGGCCCUGCCUCUAUCACAGCUGUCCGGAAUGGACAGGUUUACCUCAAGCAUGACACGCCGUUUGUGUUUGCAGAGGUGAACAGUGAUAAAGUCUUCUGGCAGAGAAAUGCUGAUGGGACCUUCACUCAGGUCAAAGUUAAGAAGCAGGCAGUGGGUCACUUCAUCAGCACUAAAGCUGUCGGCUCUGAUGACCGUGAAGACAUCACACACCUCUACAAACACCCAGAAGGUUCAGAGGAGGAGCGUAUUGCUGUGGAAACAGCUUGUCAAUAUGGCACGAAAGCAGGAAUCUACCUUCCGUCAGGAACUGAGGACGUUACUGUUCAGAUCACAAUGGGUGAAGAAGAACCUCAGCUCGGUGCUGAUGCUAAACUGUCAAUCACCAUAGAGAACCUGAGUUCAGAACAGCGCAGUGUCACUCUCUUCGGUCAGGUGGAAGUAGUGUAUUACACUGGGGUACAUAAAGCUACCGUGAAGAAGGACCAGGUACCUGUCGACCUCCAACCCAGUGAAGUUGACUCUAUAGAGUGGACUCUACUGUAUGAUGACUAUAAAGAUCAGCUGGUGGAUCAGGCCAUGCUGAUGCUCACUCUUACUGGACGCGUCACUGAGACUCAACAGGUUGUGGCAACCCAAUUCAGUUUCAGACUGCGAACACCAGAUAUCCUGAUAACUCCUGUAGGGGACGCUGUCCUUGGUAAAGAGUUGAGUGUUGAGAUUGUUUUCCGGAAUCCGCUGCGCUGCACACUGAAGAAUGUGAAGUUUCACAUUGAAGGACUUGGAAUGCAAAGCAUUAGAGAGAUUUCCUAUGGCAACAUAGAAAGUCUGGCCACGGUGACGCUGACGGAGAAGUUUAUUCCUAUAGAGUCUGGACCACAGAAUCUUCUUGCUUCACUUGACUGCCACCAGCUAACUCAAGUUCACGGAGUCGCCACCAUUGUCGUCAAAGCAUUGUGAAAUGUCUCAAAGAAAAACAAACUUGUGCUGGAGCUUUAGUGCUUCAAAAUGACAAUUUAAUCUCCAAUAAAGAGAUUGUCUUCUUUGGACAUGUAUAUCUUAUGCUGUAUUAGUGCAAAACCUGUGCUGUUUAAAAUGUUAAGUUUAGCAAUUUAAAAGGUUAUUCAUUUAAAGUAUUUAUUUUUAUAUAAUGUUAAAUAGUAUUUUUGCCUUUUUGGAAGUGGAUUUUUUUUAAUAUUUAAAAAAUGUAUUUACAACUUAAUUAUGAAUUUAUUAUAUAUACAUAUAUUUUCUCAGGAAUGUUAUUUUUUAAUAUUCAUAAAUAUGAAUAAUACAAGCCAUGGAAUGUGUUUUUUUGGGGGGGAUUCUAACCAUAACAUAACCAUUCAUCAUUGCAGGGCUCAAUGAAGUGCAUACUCAAUAACAGAAAACACAACACAAUUCAUUUUCCACCACCCUCUCUUGGUUAGAGUUAUUAUUUAUAAAGCACAUUUAAAAACAAGGUAAGGUUGACCUUAAUACAUAUGAAUAAAGUAUCAAUAUAUAAUCAUAGACGUUUUGUCGGACGUAUGUGCCAUGCCCAAAGUUUACUUUUGGUCUGUGUUUGUUUAUCAGUCUGGCUAGUGGCUUGUAAUACAGCAUAACAGUUUAUUUUAUAUUUAAUAUACACUGCAUGUCCGAAAAAAUGAGAAUGAGUCCAACUGCCUACUUGAAUAUACAGAAGGACCAGGUUAUUCCAACAAUGGGUUUUUUCUUCCCUGAUGGCACUGGCAUAAUCCAAGAUGACAAUGCCAGGAUUCAUAGGCUCAAAUUAUAAAAGAAUGGUUCAAGGGAGCACAAGACAUCAUUUUCACACAUGGAUUGGUCACCACAGAGUUCAGACCUUAACCCAGUGAAAAUCUUUAGGAUGUGCUGGAGAAGACUUUGCGCAGUGGUCCGACUCUCCCAUCAUAAAUACAUCAGCAAAAUGAUUCCGGAAGCGGUUUGCAUUUGCGUUUGAAUUGUAACAAUUUGAGUAAUCAAAUAGAAAACACAUUUUCAAAUGCAGUUUGCAAUUCCUUUUUCAUUAAGUCCAUUUUUCAAAAUCAUUCCAUACGGAAUGGACAAAAGUGCACAAAUUUAUAUCAAAAAGUAGUAGAGAAGCUUUUCAUGGUUUUUGCACACGGUGUCGCUGUGACGUUGACGUAAGUGGUCAAGGGAAAGCCGGCAUUGACCGGCAUUCCAGCAUGGAAAAACAUAAAAGGUAAUCGAAGAGCUGCAGGUACGUCUUCCCUUAGGUCAUUUUUUCGAGAAGCAACAUCAUCUCACGAUGACAAAAUCUCAGCUGCAGAGCUUUGUAAAUUCUAUCAUGCAGUAUAAAGCAUCACCAUUCAUACAGGAGUGUAGACGGCGCAUGAAAGUUGACAAGAGAGAUCUUUAGUGACUCAUCUACAGCUAAGGGGAUGACCUGUGGGAAAUUCAGAUUUCAUCAAAUUAAACAAUCUGCCUGUUUCAGGGGCAAUGGAUGCAUCAAACAUAAGUACGACUAAGUGUUUCCUGAUGGUACUGAGAUAUUUGCACUUUGAGGAAGGGGUUCAACAUGCACUGUUAGAUUUUUAUAGUGACAGCACCAACAUUUCAGAGGCUAUAAAAACCAGCUGCUGGCUAAACUGGAGAUGUCUGGUCUUGAUGUGAAAAACAUGUCAGCAGACAACAUCAACUAUGUGUAAUGGGGUAGAAGAUAAAGGGACUACAAAUGAGAUGGACAACAAAUCCCACAGGUCAGAUUGCUAUUAAAGGAAGUCCAGUUUUAGGGACUUCCUCUUUGAAGUACCAUGUGGUGUGGGAACUUAAGGCUGUGUAAGAGCUGAUGAUAAGACCAUCGAUUAACAGAACAUCGAUUAACAGAACCGAAUUGGUGAGUGCCACGUCAGAAAAUGUUGUUUGUUGCUUCAAAGAAUUAGGCAGACUUAUUUUAGAGCAUACAUGGUAAUUUUUGCUAUUGCGAGUUUGAUUGGUUUUAAUAUUUAUAUCUGACUUGUGUUUUAGUGCCUGUUUGGAUCAACAUGUUUUGGGUGUCUCAGAGAAUUAAGCAUGUAAAUACAGGUAUUAAUCCGUACUAAAUUCUUGGAUUGAGUUUAAACGUUUCAUAUUUUAAUUUGUUUUUUACUUGAUUGUAAAUGUUUUUAAUUAUAGUAACUUUUUAUAUGGCGAUUAUACAUUGUGUUUCUUCUUUUGCAGAGAAUGCAAGGUGGGCCGGUGUGUUUUUUUGGCCGCGAGGGCCGGUGUUGUCAUGGCAUGGUUGAAAUGUGGAUGCUGCUGUCCCUAGGCUGCCUACACUCACAGCAGCCUUAAUCUUUUUAUUUAUUAUUUUACCGCAGCCCCAUUUUUUUAUUUAAUAUUUUUUCGCAGCCCCACUCAGAGUGCAGCCUGCAGGUUAAUGAUGACGUGAUUAUCUUUUGACUCCCUCGCCCCGCCCCCGACAGCGGCACUGCCAGUUGCUCAAAAUAUAAAAACGUCAGAAAUAAAAAUGGAUAUCUGAAAGCGCAAAGGCGGCGCUGAAAAGGCCAGAAUAAAAAAGAAGAAAGCUCUGGAAACUGACGCGGCCAAAUGUUCUAAGCUGACCACAUUUUUUCUCAAAACAAAUGAAGACGACGAGACUGCCCUAACGUUAAGGUAGUUAGGAAUAGGAACACUGCAAGAUGCUAGCGGCC